AUGCCGCGGAGUAUGGCAGAAAAGGCGCGUCAGAAGAGGAAGAGCAAAAUGAGGAUAUGGCCUGCUGCAACACAGGCUGCAUCGACGACUUUGGCUCCUCUGGUAUUUGCGACUCAUUCCAUUCUAUCACUGGUGCUGAUUAAAGCUGCCCAAAAGAUUCCUUCUCCACCCACGAAUUCUGUGCUAAGCCACGAGCCCAGUAACCCCACGAACCGUGGCACCGUGACCACCAGCAAUAACAGCAUGGUCAUGAGCAACAUGAGCCCAGAUUCCCGUGCAAAUAUCGCAGCACAAAUGAUGGCACUGGGUCAUCUCUCUCAACCCUAUGAAUCUAGCCCAGACUACUCGCAUGAAGACCAUGAGCUCCCAGAAGGCCAUUUAUGUCCGCUCACUUACUCCUCACCUGGACCCUCCGGUCCUGAAACCCAGCCAACAGCAACAGCAAACCGUCUCUUCAACCCGGAACACUUCUACCCGGGACAACUGUCGACAAGCAUUCAGAUUGCCGUGGGUCAAUUUAUGUUUCUCGCUUGUCCUGUGACACCACCUUGCCGACACGGUCAUUUUGCUCCUCACAUGGAAGUGCCCGUGAUCGCAAUCCACGGGUCCUGCUCCGGAGAUGGCACAGAUACCGCACGCGGGGCCAUUGCUGUCUGGUUUGGCGAAAGUCCCAAAAACCUCCGUCAACCUCUCGAUGGCCUUGAGCGCUGUACAAGCCAGAUAGCUAAUCUGUACGCCGUGAUAGCAGCUCUCUCUCACGUGGCGCACAAUCUGGAGAAGUGGUCGCGAAACCGCAGCAGUGGGCAUGAAAAGGUCCCUUCCAUGUUACAUACAGUCAUUAUCAAGACUGAUUCGGACUUUGUCAUGAACGUCACGGAUUUGCUCGAAAAGUGGAAAAGUCAGGAUUGGAAACGGGGUAACGGUAAACUGAUUGCAAAUCAGAAGCUCUGGAAGCAGAUCGACGACUAUCUGGUUUACCUGGAGGGAAAGGGCAAAAUUCGUGUUAGGUUCUGGAAAGUAGAUGCUUCCCAGAACGAACUGGCGGUCAACUUAGCGGCGCAUGCUCUGCGUUACCCACCUAUGAAGAAAGAGUUGAACGCACUGAUGAGACGGUGGAAUUAUCCGUUCAGUUAA